AUGGGUGAUUGCGGACCGGAUGACCCCUAUUUUCUAGGCCGGGAUGAGGCCGAGACCGAACGGCUCAAUCAGCAGCAUCGCUUUUUGCUUGCCAUCUCGGGCGGCGAAUUGAUUCACCCUUCCAUUCCGAAGGAGACAAUUUCUGCGGUCGCGGAUAUCGGCGCCGGCACUGGGGUCUGGCUAGCGGAUCUCGCCACCAUCCUCCCGAAUACACCACUCGACCUACACGGCUUCGACAUUUCCGCGGCACAGUAUCCUCCGGACAGCGUAAUUGUAGUUCCCGGAAAAGCACGAAUUCCGCUUGCCGUCCACGAUGCCUUGGUCCCAUACCCGCCCGAGCACCUCGGGCGCUAUGAUCUCGUACACAUCCGGCUUCUGACAGCCGGUCUGAAAAAAGGCGACUUUCCGGUCGUAUUAAGGAAUGCGCGAAGUCUACUGAAGCCAAAUGGCUACAUCCAAUGGGAAGAAGUCGACACCACCACAUUCUGCACCAACCAGGAGCCUGAACUCCCUGCAAUCACGACAAUGCGUAACACGCUCAUCGACGCGAUGCUCAAACUCGGUCUCUGGCCAUACGCACCCCCCACCGUCUACGAGGAAAUAUGCGCAGGAGGCUUCCACAAGAUCUACCGGGAAACCUACACGACCGAAGGCAAGGAGGACUUGCGCACGAUCGCGCCCAAGUGGGUGGCUGGUGUGAUGCGGGCGCUUGUACCGUCAUCCAUGGUCGUGCUAGGGCAAGCCGAGAAUGACGAGGAUGCGAAGACCCAAGUAGAAACCCUGAUUGCCGAGUUUGAGGAGCACUGCAAGUCGGCACUUGCGCUGGCUAGCUUUGGCGUUACGGCGGCGCAGCGGUGCGAGUGA